CGACGCAGGCACAAAAAGAGGGAGGCCGCUUUCCCUCUUUCCCCAAAUCCGAUCACUCUCCCCACGAGGCCACGACUCUUUCCCUUCAUUCCAUUUACCUUUGCGGCAUUCCCGGAGCGGAGAGGGAGAGAGCCGACGACGCCGGCCGGAGAUGGGGAACCAGCACGCGAGCGCCAGCGGAUCCGAGGGGGAGAAGCACCGGCGCCACCGGCGGUUCCUCUUCCACCGGCGGAAGUCCGGCGUCGGGCCGGUGACCGGACGGCCGAUGGAGGAUAUCAGGGCGACGUACUCGAUAGGGAAGGAGCUAGGGCGGGGGCAGUUUGGGGUCACCCAUUUGUGCACGCACCGGAAGACGGGGCAGGUGUUCGCGUGCAAGACUAUCGCCAAGCGGAAGCUGGCGCAGGCGGAGGAUGUGGAGGACGUGCGGCGGGAGGUGCAGAUUAUGUAUCACCUCUCCGGCCAGCCGAACAUCGUGGAGCUGAAGGGCGUGUUCGAGGACAAGGGAUCGGUGCAUCUUGUUAUGGAGCUGUGCGAGGGCGGGGAGCUAUUCGACCGUAUCAUCGCCAAGGGCCAUUACACGGAGCGCGCCGCCGCGGGGCUCCUCCGCACAAUCGUCGGCGUCGUUCACACCUGCCACUCCAUGGGCGUCGCCCACCGCGACCUCAAGCCCGAGAAUUUCCUUCUGCUCGACAAGAGCGAGAACGCUCCCCUCAAGGUCACCGACUUCGGCCUUUCCGUCUUCUUCAAGCCAGGGCAAGUGUUAACCGAUGUUGUUGGUAGUGCAUAUUAUGUUGCACCUGAAGUGCUGAAGAGACACUAUGGACCAGAAGCUGAUAUUUGGAGCGUCGGUGUUAUGCUUUACAUACUUCUAUGUGGAGUUCCUCCCUUCUGGGCUGAGACGGAAAGAGGCAUUUUUGAUGCUAUUUUGCAAGGGCAUAUAGAUUUCCAUAGUGAUCCAUGGCCUAACAUUUCGAAAGGAGCAAAAGACGUUGUGAGAAAAAUGCUGAAUCCAGAUGUCAAGCAGAGAAUUACCGCAUUCCAGGUUUUAAAUCAUCCAUGGGUCAAGGAGGAUGGUGAAGCUCCAGAUACUCCACUGGAUAACACUGUUAUAAACCGGUUGAAGCAAUUCAAAGCGAUGAACAAUUUCAAGAAAAUUGCUCUAAGGGUGAUUGCAGGAUGUCUAUCUGAAGAAGAAAUUAUGGGAUUGAAGCAAAUGUUCAAGAGCAUGGACACUGAUAAUAGUGGUACUAUCACUUUGGAAGAACUGAGACGUGGACUAACCAGUCAAGGUUCCAGGCUGACAGAGCUUGAAGUAGAACAGUUAAUGGAAGCUGCUGAUGUAGAUGGCAAUGGCACAAUUGACUAUGAUGAAUUUAUUACUGCAACAGUGCACAUGAACAGAAUGGACAGAGAAAACCAUCUUUAUACUGCUUUUCAGUAUUUUGAUAAAGACAACAGUGGUUACAUUACACGGGAAGAGCUGGAACAAGCACUCAAAGAGUUCGGCAUCCAUAAUGGCCAGGAUAUAAAGGACAUCAUAGCAGAGGUCGAUGCAGACAAUGACGGGCGGAUAGACUACGAUGAAUUUGUUCAAAUGAUAAGGCAAGGCACUGCAGAACCAGGUCCUCGGAGGAGACGUGAUCUUUUCAUUUGAUGGACUUGUUCCAAUUCUUCACCAUCUUGUGCCAUUCAUAAUUUAGAUAUUGGCAUGUGUCACAUUUCUCUAUCUUUGGCUUUAAGAAGUUGCCUUCUAUGUAUUCCUUUGACAAAGUCCUGUUAGUGCAUUUUCAGCAAUCUCCAAA